AAAAUAUGUAUGGGGUACUGAGUAAUGUAGGUAACUGAGUUAUAGAUUGCGCCCAGUUUUCGGGACACACUGAAUAAUAUAUAAUAUAUGUAAACAUAAUAUACAUACAUAUUAAAUAUCAUUUUCAAUAUUUAGAUUGUGGUGGGAUAAAGUAUGUCUUGCUUAUUCAUUAUUAUCAUAUAGCUUCAUCAGUUCGUUACAUUAACGCAACGAUAAUACAAAAAUAUGUAUUUUAAAAUUAAAUAUUGCUUAAUAUACUUUAAAAUCUUAUUAGCUUUAAUACAAUGUUUGUCAAUUUCUGGACAUAUAACAAAUAUGCUUGAUUUAUAUGAAGGUGACGUAUGUCAGGUAGGCAAGGAAAAUUCGAGAAAUCAUGUCUGCAAACAACCAGAAAAUUGUGCGUCGUUAGAACAGAGACUUCGAGAUCAAGAUUUUCCACAUGUAUGCUCGUUUAUUAAAAACAAGCCAAUAGUCUGCUGUUCACCCACAGUAACAAUCAACACAACUAAUUUCGAACCGGUAUUAAAAACCCCUAUUUCUACAUCAUCAUACUCUGCCACUGAAAUGUGUAGCCAGUACAAGGAUCUGGUGUACGCAAACGUGCAACAACCCUCGUCCGGCGGGAUACAACCGAAGAAAACUCCCAAAUGUUACAACGUGAUGACGUUGAUCGUUGGGGGCAUGAAGGCUAAACCGAUGGAAUUUCCACACAUGGCACUAUUAGGUUACGGGAACAUCGAAGAUGAGGAGAAGUCGUGGGGCUGCGGAGGUUCGCUGAUAAGCAACAGGUGGAUCCUGAGCGCGGCUCACUGCACCAUAAAUCCUGGACGUACGGUGAGCUGGGCACGCCUUGGCGUUUUGAACAUCUAUUCGCUGCAAUCCGACGACCCCGGCCCGGCUGACUACAAAGUCGUGGAGCGCGUGGUGCACCCUAAAUACAAUUCGACUUACGUCUACAAUGAUAUAGCGCUGUUCCGUUUAGAGGUGGAAGUCAAGUUUUCGGAGCACGUGCGACCUGUAUGCCUAAACACGGUCCAAAACUUAAGUUUCGAUAUGACCACGGCUACCGGCUGGGGUCGGACCUCGACCAAUGGUAUGAUUAGUCCCGACUUGUUAAAGGUAGACCUGUCCCUGAUAUCGAAUGAAAAUUGUAAGUAUAGUUAUCCUCAGAGUGCCAAUCCGAGAAUUAACUUCGGGAUACUGGAAGACAGCAUGAUAUGCGCGGGCGACAUCGUGGACGGAGGCGACACGUGUACGGGCGAUUCUGGCGGCCCGCUGCAAAUAAAGCACCCCGACUACAUAUGUAUGUCUAGCCAAAUCGGUAUAACGUCGUUCGGGAAAUAUUGCGGCAAUAGGUACUCACCCGGCGUCUUCACCAGAGUGUCCAAAUAUGUUCCAUGGAUCGAACAGAUCGUUUGGCCGAAGAGUUGAACGUCCGCAAAUCCCGCCAGACAAAAUAAUCGAUUUUUUUAAAUAAAAAGUACUUACCUAAAUAUUAAGUCUAAUAUAUCGUGCAGUGCAUAAUGACGCGUAUAUCGUGGUACUAUUAAUAUUCAACAUCUACAUUCAAUAGACAAUGAUAGCAUGCCCUCGUAUUGUUAGGUGAUUUAGAUUAAAUUACUAAACCAAAUGUAAAAUAUAUCACAUUUUUAAGAUAUGAAAGAAUAAAGAUAUUCUAUCUAUUAAU